GUAUCAGGAGGAGCAGAGAGUGGCAGCAGUGGGGAGAAGAGUCCCACCAGCGGGUCUUCAGCCUCGUCUAAGCGGGCCCGUACGGCCUACACCAGCGCUCAGCUGGUGGAGCUGGAGAAGGAGUUCCACUUCAACCGGUACCUGUGCCGGCCGCGCCGCGUGGAGAUGGCCAACCUGCUGAACCUGUCCGAGCGGCAGAUCAAGAUCUGGUUCCAGAACCGACGCAUGAAAUACAAGAAGGACCAGAAGUCCAAGGGCCUCAGCUCCAGUUCUGGAGGGCCCUCACCCGCUGGCUCCCCCCCCCUGACCAUGCAGUCCUCCGCCAGCUUCCUCAACUCCAUGCACCCUAUGGGAGGGGGUGGGGCGGGCUACGACGUCCCAUCUCCGCCAUCCUUCGGCAAACCCCACCAGGGAGUGUCCUACUCCAUGUCCACUGCCUACUCCAACGUCCCCAUGAAGGGCUGCCCCCCCCAGCAUAAGUACGGCUCCCCAGACCCGGACUACGGCGACCCCCACCCUCACCACGGCAUGGCCAGUAACGCUGGCUACGGAACUCCCAACAACAUGCAGGCCAGUCCAGUAUACGUGGGGGGGGGCAGCUAUGUGGAACCCAUGCCUGGCUCGGCGCCCUCCAUGUACGGGCUAAACCACCUCGGCCCCACGCCACCCCACCACCAAAACAUGGACUACAAUGGUGCGGGGCCCAUGUCGGGCGCCAACGGGCACCAUGUGGGUGGAGGGGGCCCCCCGGGCCCCUGCGACCCGCCCCCCCACCAGACGUACACCGAGCUGUCGGCACACCACACCUCGACUCAGGGCAGAAUCCAGGAAGCACCCAAGCUCACUCACCUGUAGCAGGUUUGCAACAACACGACAACGUAGGAAGUAGUGAAGACGACAGACUAACAGACUAACUAACAUGUGGGGACCUGCUGCUGCACGGGGGCAGCAGGGGGGCCACAAGGAGACAGACAGGAGCCAUCCAGUGGUUUGUCCUGUGCCCUACAGCCUCAGAGAGCCCCCCCCCCCUGUUUACACUGCCUGACCAGUAUUAGGGCUUUCACUGUUACUCUGAAAGUGCAGUUAACUGUAAAAACACAAAGGUAGUGCCUGUAAUAAGCCGCAGCAAGGGACCUUUCCAAAAGAGACACUAAAAUCACUGCAGUGCAGAAUUAGAGGAAUCAAUGGUAGUGGCUAAAACACUUUAUAUUUCAAACAGGAACCAAACUUACGAUCCGCUCCUGAAACAUUACAUUAUCCGACAGGAAAUUAGGAAUGUUCAUACGAAAGAGGAUGAGUGCCACGUUGACAACAUUUUUGAGAUCUUAAUUUAUUAUUUUAAGUGCUGAGAUUAAAGACAGAAUUCAGACUUUUCUCAGAACUAAGAAUUCAACUUUUUUUUUCACAGGUGGCCCUAAUUUUCUUCCGUAUGUUCAAGAAUUAAAGCGAGCAUUAUCAGAUUUACCCAUGAAUCAUUUAACUUACACAUUAAAACUGCCUAAUAUUUAAGUAUACUUUAUCAGUGAUUUUUCCAUUAGAACUCUUGAUUUUGUACCCACGUUUAAGCAUCUCACAUGAACCCUUUUUUUAGAGGGGGUUACACUCCACUCUGUCCCAGGGCAGUGAGGCAUAUUGUACAUUACAUUACAUUUAGCUGACGCUUUUAUCCAAAGCGACUUACAAUAAGUGCAUUCCACCAACAAGAUGCAAACUUGAGGUGUGGAAGAAGAGGUUUACAGUCUCCCACGUCCCCCGGGGACAAUACAUGUCAGGAAGCUCAUCUUGUGCUAGUGUAGCAGAGACAUAUCGGCAGCUGUACAGCACAACAGGAUUUAUGGUGAGCACCAUUGUUUAGUCAGUGUUAGACUGAUCAUCUGCACAGUCAAUCAAAACAACUAUAUACUGAGUACUAGAGAUUCAGAAAUAAAUAUAUUUGUCAGAAACCUCCAAAAAUCUAAUAUGAAAGAACACCUCUAAGUAUGAUGUGUUUGUGUGGGUGGGGCAAAUUGCUGGCCUGCUGUUAGAGCUUGGAGUAUGGGGUUUUAAAUGUGUACUAUGAUAAGGAAAUCUUCCCCCUAAGACACACACAUAUACAAACUCCCGGCUGCUAAAUGAAAUAGUUUUUAAUGGGCAGUUAACGAGGUGGUUAGAUUUAUGACGCCGGGCUCUCUCCCCCUCCAGGCUACACAUGUUGUUGUCAGCCGGGCUGAGCUAUGUGGAGAACCGUCCUCUCCAUCAGCUGAGAGAGGGAGAGCACAAAUAUGUCUCCCUCGUCCCACAGAGCAUAAAAACCACUGGAUGUUCUCCCCCUCUCCGUCUCGUUCUCCUCCUGCUGUCCCCGCCUCUCUCCGAUCCACUACUAACACUCUCCUGUCUGUGGCAGCAGCACAUGGCUUCUGAAGGCUACACAUCCCACAACCCGCCACAGACCGCCCCCCC